AUGGAUAAAGCUUUUGAGAUUCAGAAAAAAGCUCGGGAUAAUGUGAAGACAUUGCAUACAUAUCUUACCGAUUUACAGAACUGGGAAAUUGAAAUGAAACGUAAAGAGGCCGCUCUUAACGGUGACUUAGAGCAGGAACUCCCACCAGUGAGGAGUAAGGUGAAGAGAGAAAGGCCUGUUCAGGUGAAGCAGAAACCAGAGAAAAAAAUAGUUGCUUCAGACUAUCAGGCAUGGGAAAAAUUUGAUGCAGAAAAAGCAUGCGAAGAAGUUGAUAUGGCAGAUUUAGGGCCGGUGUCGCUUGAUAGUAAGAAGAGCAAUAAAAUUAAGACUGAGAAGUUAAAAGAGGAGGCGCAGUAUGAGAAAGAGAGGGGCAAUAGUUUUGUUAAACAAGAAAAAUGGGACGAGGCAAUAGCAUGCUACAACAGGGCCAUUGAAUUAGUACAAGAUGAUGCAAUAUACUAUGCCAAUAGAGGAUUGUGUUAUCUUAAAAAAGAUAGUUUACACCAGGCUGAAUCUGACUGCACAGAGGCAAUACGUUUAGAUCCUACAUAUGUGAAGGCAUUUCAACGUAGAGCAUCCGCUAGAGAGAAACUUGGCUCAUUAAGGGCAGCUUCACACGACCUGAGCGAAGUUAUUAGACUUGAACCACACAACAUGCUGGCUAGACAACAGUUGGAAUGCAUCAAAAACAGAAUGGGAACUAAGGGGGCAAAAUCAAAGUCAUCUCCCACAACACCGCCCAGCGAAACAAAAGCAGCUCCGGAAAAAAAAACCAAAAUCGUUGAACUUCCAGAUAAUAAGACUGAAUUGAGCCCGUUAGAGAAAUGGAGAGACGGAGUGCACGAGAACAUCACAGUUAUAAAACCAGUUAAGAAACCACCGCAUUUAAGAUCAAAGAGAGCAUUAAAACAUAUUACAAUACAGGAGAUACCUCUUGGUAGGACAAUCGAUAAGUCAAAUGACACAAACAACAAUAAGUCGACUAACGUGACCUUAGCAGCGGAUAUACAAGAAAAAAUGGUGUUUAAUGUAAAUGAUAAACUCAAAGAGAGUAUGGUUGUACCAAUGAACAGUGUGCAGUUUAUGUCAGAAUGGAAAUAUUUGAAGGGUAAUGAUAGAGCCAGAGGGGAUUACUUGAGUAUAAUACCCCCGGACCUAUUACCAUCCAUCUUUGAGAAUGCCCUCGAAAGUGAUGUGUUGUCAUCAGUACUGAGAACUGUUCACAACAAUAUGGACCGUUUCCCUCACUCGGUGGCCGCUUACCUAAAGAAUAUAUGUCGAGUGAAACGAUUCUCAGCUUUAGCUAUGUUCCUUAGUGCUAUAGACAAAGAAUUAAUUAACAAUAUGCUCAAGCAUUGCAGGGAUGUGGAAAAUCUGAGUGAGAGUGAAAUAACUGAUUUGAUGAACAAAUAUGAACUCUAA